AUGGAUCUUCAAACUUCUCAUUUGGCCGCGGCGUUGAUGUCGGGUCCAGCGUAUAAUAACACGUCGGCUGAAGCUAUAGCGACGGUAACUGCCCCACCAAGUAAUCCGAAUGAAGAAGUUAAAAAUGAGAAACCCAAUGAACCACCGAAAGACCCGCCAGAAGAAGAUAAAGAAGAACUAGCAAGUGGAGAGGAGUACUCUGAUGAAGAAAUGGAAGCACAAUCAGGCAGUAAGUCAAUGCCUGGUAGAGGAGUUACUUUACAAAUGCUGCUAGAAGAGAAAAUGCUUGAGCCAGGCACUGCAGCUAUGACUAUAGAAUAUCUAGGACAAAAAUUUGUUGGAGAUCUGCAGCCGGAUGGUAAGAUAAAGUCUCAUGAGACUGAAACCAUAUUCUGUUCACCAUCAGCUUGGGCAAUACACUGCAAGCGCAUAAUAAACCCAGACAAAAGGUCUGGCUGUGGCUGGGCAUCGGUCAAAUAUAGAGGAAAGAAAUUAGAUACAAUUAAAGCCACAUAUUUACGCAAGAAACAGCUGCAAAGAGAGAAUAUGCACACUGAUGAGGAAGUAGAAAUGGAAGUGGAAAACCCUCCUGAACCCCCACCACAGAGGGUUGUAAUGAAACAUAACACUGUGCCAAACAGAAUGAUGCAACAUGAUGCCAACAUGUUGAUAGAAGCAGUAUCAUUUUCAUCAGCCGGGAAAGUCCAGCCUUUCUUGGUGUCAGUCAGUUCGAAUGCUAGUCUUGUGCUGGACAUCCACUGCCAUUUGAAGAAAGAGGAAGUCUAUGGAUACUUAGCUGGCACUUGGGAUUUAAAUAAUCAUAAUGUCAUGAUAACACACACAUUUCCGUGUUUAAUUAGUAAGAACGACAGCCGACCUCGCGUUUUAGUGGAACUCGAGAUUCAGAUGGAAAUAGAGAAGUUGGGUCUAACACUACUGGGGUGGUACCACUCUCACCCAACUAACCCUGCUAUGCCAAGUUUGAGGGAUUGUGACAAUCAACUAGAAUAUCAAAUCAAAAUGCGUGGACCAAGUGAAAUAUCGUACAUUCCGUGUAUUGGAGUCAUUUGCUCUCCAUAUAACCCCGAAAGCCCAGUUUUGGAAUCGUCGCUUACGUUCUUCUGGGUGAUGCCUCCACCAGAACAAAGGCCUACCGAGUACCCUCGGCCUCUCCUCCUUCAAUACAACAUGGUGCACGACAGUCAUCUAUCACCACAUGCCAUGGAACAAAUUAGGAAGAGUAUCAAGUACUAUUUUACAUUCUCUGAUGAUACGUUCGUUAAUUUUAAAGACAAUUUUAAACCUGAUAUCACAUACUUGGACAAAUUGAAAUGCACCUUAACUGCAAAGUUUCCAAGAGAACAAAGUGAUGGUCUGUUGUGGCAUUUCAUACGCGACGAGUUAGGUUGCUCUUCUGAAAAUGAUGAUAAAAUGGACCUUGACGCGUUAUUGGCGGUUCCUCAACCUAUACCAGUGUCCAAGCCAAGUCAGAUAACAUCUGUCCCCAAUUUCCCAUCUGUGAGUACGUUACAGCAGAUGGUGAGUCGGCCGGCAGGGGUCCCACCUAUUAAUGUAUCAUCAGCCAUAGGCUCAGGAUCUCCUCAUAAGUUUGAAACGCCUCAACUGAACAUUCCAGUACUCCCAACAUCGUCUAAAUCAUCCUCGAAGUCCGCGACGCCAACACUCCCGUCACCAUAUCCUACAGGAUUGGAUAUGUUGACGAGCAUGGCUCUAGGAUUAGGUUCUCCCAAUAUGCCCCUACCUAUGGGCGCAUCUAGUCUGGAGAGUUUAGCUGCUGCUAACAGCAUGCUGACUGGUCUCACUCCAGGCAUGUCCUCAAGUCUAGCAGCUAGUUUAUCAGGUAGCAAACUUCCAGAUCCCCCAUCCUACGCUGCAUCUUUGCAGAAUUUAACCAGCAGUAUUGGAAGUUAUGACAAAACACCGAGCAGCACAUCAACGAGUACCACCGCUACGGGCACUAUCCCCGCUAGUCUUGCUUCCAACCUCAUGAUGAGUUCUGCCGAUAUUGCUAAUGCGUUAUUCUCAGCCAGCAAAUAUUCCAGUGCUGGAAUUCUUGGGAUUCCAGAUCCAAUGUCUAAAUCGACGUUAGCUGCAAAUAAUAUGUUUUUGUCACCAUCGUUGAUGAAAAUGCAGGAAUCUCUUCUGAAACCACUUUCGACGAGUAGUCCGAUAUCCACAAAGGCUGGUUUAGAUCAAAGCAUGUUGAUGAAAUCUCCCCACGAUUUAUUGAAAGGCAAUAAAGAUUAUUUGCCGCCUGAUUUUGGUAGCAUUGGAAAAGGGAAAUCGGAUUCAUUGGAAGGUAUGAAGUUGAAUGAAACUGCUACUUCUUCCAAAAUGGAAACGGCUAAAUCUGAUAGUAUGGAAGCUCAGGCCACUGACUUUAGUAUGCCUUCACGGGUCGGCGGGGAAUCGUUUUUGAAUCAGAUGUUAGAAUUAACGAAAAAGACUACAAUGCCUGAUUAUUUAUCGGAUUACAAUCAACCUCUAAAGUUAACUAAGCCAGAAGAUUUAUCCACUUCUGUGCCAUCUAGUCAUCACCCCUAUAUGAGUUCUGCAAGUAUCGUAGAUACUAUAGCGCAGGUCGCCAUGGGAAACUUUUCAAAACAUGACGAACCAAAGGACUACGCGAAAGAGACGGAUUAUAGUACCAAUAAGGUCGGCAGUAAUGACAACGAAAAUCUAUAA